UCUCCCAAAGCAGAUAGAUUGCCCAGGCUUCUACUUCCAGCCUGUGUAAAUGCUUCACACCCAGCCUGUUAUCAAAUAACUAUGAAACUUGCUCUGAGCUUGUCGGUCAACAAGAGGAAAAUUAAGAAGAAAAAUAUCCCUGAUGCUGGAUGUUUGGAAUAAGAUUUGUGCUCUGACAGUCUGGUAGUUAUUAAUUUGUGCUUUAAGCAAUUUCUACCUUCUGAAGACUUCAUUUUUUCCAUGAUGAAUUUGAAGAAAACAUGGUUCUGCCAGAAACAGUAUCUGUGUGUUUUUGGAAGUCUCAUGAUCCUGGCCACAGCUGUUCUGAAACUGUCCAACAACUGGGAAUGUGACUUCAGUGACUUGGGGGUGGAAUCCUUGGACCUGUGGAAAAAAUCCUGCAAGGAUGAGCUCUAUCAGUCCCUGAAGCUGUCACCCAUCAACUCCAUCAACUGUUCUCGGAUCACCAGAGGGGACCCUGAUGCCCUGGCUCAGGCAGCCUUGAUAAAGCUAGAGAAAAAGGCAGAAAGGAAACCUUUGACGGAGGCGCAGUAUCUCAACAUGACUCAGGACUGUGCUCACUUCAGGGUCAAUCGGAGGUUCUUUCAGUUUCCAUUAAGCAAGGAGGAGAAGGACUAUCCCAUUGCGUACUCAAUGGUGAUUCAUGAGAAGAUUGAAAACUUUGAGAGGCUUCUGAGGGCUCUGUAUGCUCCACAGAACAUCUACUGUGUCCAUGUAGAUAAGAAGUCUCCAGAAGCCUUCAAGGAGGCUGUCGGAGCCAUUACAUCAUGCUUCCCAAAUGUCUUUGUGGCCAAAAACCUGGUCCAAGUGGUGUAUGCAUCCUGGUCUAGAGUACAAGCAGAUAUGAAUUGCAUGGAGGAGUUGCUCAACAGUUCUGUGCCCUGGAGAUACCUGGUGAAUACCUGUGGUACUGAUUUUCCCAUAAAGACAAAUGCUGAGAUAGUGAGAUCUCUUAAGGUGUUGAAUGGGAAGAACAGCAUGGAAUCAGAGAUACCCACCACGUACAAAAAAAUCCGCUGGCAAUAUCGUUAUGAGGUCAAGGAUACGAUAUUCCGGACCCGAAAGAUAAAGCCCCCACCACCCCAUGGCUUGCCCAUGUUCACAGGGAAUGCCUAUUUUGUGGCUUCCCGAGACUUUAUCCAACACCUCUUUAAGAACCCCAGAGCUCAAAAGCUCAUUGAGUGGGUGAAGGAUACCUAUAGCCCCGAUGAACAUCUCUGGGCCACUCUCCAUAGGAUGCCCUGGAUGCCUGGCUCCGUGCCGUAUCAUGAAAAGUACCAUACCUCUGACCUGAAUGCCAUUGCCCGCUUUGUGAAGUGGCAAGGCAUUGAUGGGGAUGUCAGAAAGGGGGCCCCCUAUCCCCACUGUACUGGGAUCUACCAGCGGGGUGUCUGUGUGUUUGGGGCUGGAGACCUACACUUCAUGCUUCAAAGUCACCAUCUGCUGGCCAACAAGUUUGACCCGAAGAUAGAUGACAGUGCACUCCAGUGCUUGGAGGAAUAUCUGCGGCAUAAAGCCAUUUACGGGAGGGAAAUCUGAGAGAGAGAGCUUGGCCCCCUUUGAGUAACUCAGCCAAGCCCAUAAGAUGUCUCUGCAGAGAAAUGGAACUUUGAGCUUUUGCGGCACCCCCAAAGAGGAGAGAUUUCUUCUUUUUGGACCAGCAUUUAGACUUGAUGGUAAGCAGGCUCAAGAGGUGAUUUCAGCCACUUAUGUUAUUCCAUAUGCACAGUUUGGUAAAGAACAGAAUUGGGGGUAGGAACAGAAUGCUCGAGUUACUCUCUUUGGGAUGUUCUCACCCAGUUGGUCCCCAAGGGGGUGAUAUUCUCAUGGACAACAUAUUUCUUGGGUUACCUGACUCGCUUUAGAGAGAACUUGGAGGGAGAUCCUGGGGAGCCAUCAGUUACAUCAGCUUGGAAUUGUGAAAAAAGCACUAGAUCACUGGAAUAGAGACUUAAUUGUAACACUUAAUUGUUCUGUAACUGCUUAGAAAUGACGCUGGCUCUGAGCCCCACAUUCAGGAGCUGUGAAAUGGGGAUAAUAAUGCUACCUACCUCUGAGGGAUAUUGUGAGCCAAGUGUUUUGGAAAGUGUAGAAAGCCAUGUAAAUGUUUGUCAUCAUUCCAUGAUAGCAUGUGAUUUGUACGCUUUGAAAGGAUAGCCCUUCUGGGAAAUCUUAUUCCUUCCCAAACUCCAGGCUAGGGGGUCCUCAGAGAGGGGAGGGAAUGGACAACUAGACCCAGCCUGUGGUCAGUGUUUCUCUAGCUCAUUAUUUUGUCACUUUUCACCCAGAGAAAGCAUUCCCUGAUGCCCCUGUCUCGUAAGCUAUCAGUCCGAGAGAAGAUAAAAGAAGCAAAGACAAGAUCAGUUUGAAAGAAUUGCCCUCUAGUAAGACUUGGGGAUUUAUGGUACAAACCUUUCAUUGCAGCCAGGCCAGGUGGACAAGCACUUUGGGAGAGGUCAAGAGAAAGCUCAGCCCAUUCUUUGGGGGUUGAGGUGCCCACCUGGCACUUUUCUAUGUGUUUACAGGACUAGAUGUAUAGAUUUACUCUAAAUGGGAAAGAAGAGAAGGUAUUAUACCGUCUCUCCUUGGAGAAACACUGCUGGAUUUCUUAAGCAGAAUUUGAAAGUUUAUUAUCUAAGUUGAUCUUUUAAACCAUAGCCUAUUUAUUUUGGUGAGUGGCUAGAAUGCUGCUCAUCACCUGGUGAAUCACCUUUCUCAUGUGGAGACAAUACUGUACAUAUAUUUAUUUUUAAGUCACCCAGAGAAAUAAUUUAUUUUUCUCCCUGAAGUUUCAGAUCAUAUGAAAAGCUGUAUUGAAUUUCAGUCCUGUCUCUGACACUUAUUACCGAUGGAACUCGUCAAUUCACUUAACGUAGUUGGUCUCAAUUUCCUCUUCUGAAAUAGGGAGGGAAAUAACAGCUCCUACCCCACAGGGUUGUUGUGGGGAUCAAAUGGGAUAAUAUAUUUAAUCACCUUACAAAUUUCAAAGUACAAUAUAUACAUAUUAAUUAUUGUUAAUUCUGGUAAAAGCCAGGCUGCUGGAGAAUAAUAUUAAUGUUGUCUUUGUUUACAGAUAUAUCUGCCCUCUUAUACAGUCAAUUAUUCCAAAAACUUGUGUAUGUUUUAAAAAUUGAAUGACACAUUCUUAUUUUUUCUCAUCAUACUUUUAUUUUUACUUUGAGAUAAUUUUCAAUUAGGAUCAGCACCUGACUCUUUAGCUUUAAGUUUCUCUACCUUCCCAUUCAUGUACAUCCUAAUCCUGUCCCUUCAGUUUUCCCACCACCCCAAUCUUCCAUUAAAUGGUUCUGCCAAGACUAUUCCCUAUCAAAAGUAACUGUGCAUCAAAGCCUUUUGUAAUGGGUAUGAUUGCAAUAUUGCCCUUCCUUCACCCUCCUCCACGCUAAGAAUUAGAAUUUGGAAUCAGAAAGACCUAAUUUGAAGUCCUGUUUUUGACAUACCUUGGCAGUAUGAUCUGGUGAAGUCAUUUAUCUUCUCAGGGUUCCAGGUAGCUCCUUAGACUACAAAUUAUAGAGUCCAAAUUAGGUAGAGGGAGUUUCCUUGCUGGGACCUCCCUAUGUCAGUCAAACUAAAAUCUCAGUCAAAAAAAUAAAAAAAUAAAAAUGUAUAAUGGGUAUUUUAAGCUGGGAUCUACCUAGACAAAGAUGACAGCUUUCUCAAGCAGAGUGGUCAUGGACUUCAAGGACAUGGACUCCAUGGCAUACUACCAGAUCUAAAAUCAGAAAACCUGAGCAGAAUUCCAUCUCUGAUAUAUUACUAGGUUCUAAAGCCCUGGGCCACCCCACACCCCUCUUUUUGGCAAAGGUCCAGGUUUGAUGCUGUCGGUGUACAAUGUACUGCAUAACUUGAAAAUUUUUAUGUGGAAUAAGCUAGACUUGUUCAUGUCAUUUACAUUUUAAUAUUUUUCAAUAAAAAAUAAGAAAAAAACAUUGAAAUGUUACUUGGAG